UACUACAAUAAAAUCAUCAUGCUAAACUAAGAGAUUAAACCAAAUAAAAAUUUACAAUGUCCUCUAAGUAUUUCCCAUCCCUCCUGCUACUGCUAGCGUUUCUAUUGUUUGUUGCAUCUUCCGGAGCAACCAAAGUAGUGGAAGUGGGUGAGAUUUGCAAGAAAUCCACAAACCCUUCAUUUUGUUUGGCUGUUCUAAACUCCAACCCAGGUGGGAAAGAUCUUAUUAGCCUUGCUCAAUACACAAUUGACAUAGAUCGUGCCAACCUGACUAACACAAUUACUCUAAUCAAAUCGUUGAUUGCAAACAGUAGUGGCGAUCCAAAGGCAAAUGCCCAUUACAAAAAUUGCUUGUCAUAUUUUGUGGUCGAUGGCGGUGCUUUUGGUGCCAUUGAGGCCACUCAACAAUAUUUAAACAAGAGAGAUUAUGUUGGUGUGAAUAUGCGUGCAACUGAUGUCCACUACUUUGUUGAUUAUUGUAUUUCAGGAGAUGAUUCACCUGGCCCGAACCCACCUCCUUUUCCUGAUACCUCGUUGCUUCCAAAAUAUGCUCAAGUUAUUCAGGAUAUUACCGAAAUUAUUCUUAUCAUAUCAAAUUUAUUGGAAGGAACUUGAUCAGAUGUUGUUCAAUUUGGAUA